AUGCCCUCCGCAUUGCUGAUCGGUGCCAUUACCCACGCCCGCAAGGAGUGGGAGGAGCUCUCGUCGCUGUUGACACUGAAGGAAUUCCCCGAGGGAACGCGCGAUGAUUUCAUCCGCAAUUGCAAAGACGGGCAGUACGAUGAUGUGCUGGUGAUUUAUCGGUCCAAUGCCUCGACCAAGUUCACCGGCCCCUUCGACGCAGAGCUGCUCUCUGUCUUGCCCAAGUCUCUGAAAUAUAUUUGUCAUAACGGCGCCGGGUACGAUAAUGUGGAUAUCCCGGGGUGUACGCAACACGGGAUCCUGGUUUCCAGCACGCCCGUCGCGGUUAACCAUGCGACGGCCGACGUGGGCAUUUUCCUGAUGAUUGGUGCUUUGCGACAGGCCUAUGUGCCGUUGGCUGCUCUGCGAGCUGGCCAGUGGCAAGGAAAGGCUACUCUAGGCCGCGAUCCUCAAGGCAAAGUGCUGGGCAUCCUUGGGAUGGGAGGUAUUGGUCGGGAAAUGGCCAACCGCGCCAAAGCCUUCGGCAUGAAGAUCCACUACCACAACCGGUCGCGACUGUCGCCUGAACUGGAAGGCGAUGCUACGUACGUGUCGUUUGACGAGCUACUGGCGACCUCGGACGUGCUGAGCUUGAACCUGGCCCUAAACGCAAAUACCCGGCAUAUCAUUGGCGAAAAAGAGUUCCAGAAGAUGAAGGACGGGGUGGUGCUGGUCAACACGGCCCGUGGUGCGCUGAUUGAUGAGAAGGCGUUGGUGGCGGCUUUGGAGUCGGGCAAGGUUUUGUCGGCUGGAUUGGACGUUUAUGAGAACGAGCCGGUCGUGGAGGAAGGGCUAAUUAACAACCCUCGGGUGAUGCUGUUGCCGCAUAUCGGAACUAUGACAUACGAGACGCAGAAGGACAUGGAGCUGUUGGUGCUGAAUAACCUGCGCUCGGCGGUGGAAAAGGGCGAGAUGAUCACGGCCACGAACGCCAAGAGCGAAAAAGCGCACUACAACGAGACGAGCCUCGCGAUCUCAAGUUCCAGUGGCCGCCGAAAGAAAAGCGACAAAACUUCUCACCCGACAUCGAGGACCACCCCGCCCGGCAACCACAUCAAGAUGGUCCGUUACGCUGCUCAGGAGAUUCCGGCCGCUAAGAGCGCCCGCGCCCGGGGCUCUUACCUGCGUGUCAGCUUCAAGAACACCCGCGAGACCGCCCAGGCCAUCAACGGCAUGAAGCUGCAGCGCGCUCUCACCUUCCUCGGCAACGUCACCAACAAGGCCGAGGCCGUCCCCAUGCGCCGCUACGCUGGCAGCACCGGUCGCUGCGCUCAGGGCAAGCAGUGGGGUGUCAGCAAGGCCCGCUGGCCCGUCAAGUCUGCCGAGUUCCUGCUCGACCUCCUCAAGAACGCCGAGUCCAACGCCGACAUCAAGGGUCUCGACACCGGCAACCUCAUUGUCAAGCACAUCCAGGUCAACCAGGCUCCCAAGGGCCGCAGACGUACUUACCGUGCUCACGGUCGUAUCAACCCCUACAUGACCAACCCUUGCCACAUCGAGCUGAUCCUUACCGAGGGUGAGGAGGUCGUCCAGAAGGGCCCUCACGUUGUCAAGCGCGAGGAGGCUCGCCUCAGCUCCCGCCAGCGCGGUGCUGAGAUCCGCCGUGCCAUCCAAGCAUAA